AUGCGUGAUCACGGUAGCGUGCGCAGGGUGGCCGAGCUGGGCGCCGCCAUCGCCGCCCUGCCCGCCCUCAAGAGCCUGGACCUCUCCCACAACCACCUGACGGAGCUGCCGGCCGAGCUGGCCGACUGCCCCCGGCUCAAGGAGCUCAACCUCCGCGGGAACAGGCUGAAGGACAAGCGCCUGGAGAAGAUGGUCAACGGCUGCCAGGCCAAAUCCAUCCUGGAAUACCUGCGGGCAGGAGGCCGCGGGAAGGGGAAGGCCGAGAGCGGGCGGGAGGAGAGCAGGAAAAAGAAGAGAGAGAAGCGCCAGAAGAAGGACGGCGGCGACGGGGAGCGGGACGAGCUGGAGGACGUGAGCAGGCUCCUGGUGAAGGUGCUGCACGUCUCCGAGAGCCCCGCGCCCCUGACCGUGCGCGUGGGCGCCGGCGUGAAGGACGUGCGGCCCUUCAUCGUGUGCUGCGCGCUCCGAGGAGUCACCCUGGGGCCGGGCAACGCGCUCAAGAGGUUCCUCGCUGCCCAGACCAAACUGCAUGAAGACAUCUGCGAGAAGAGAACAGCGGCCACAAUUGCCACUCACGACUUGCAUUGCUCUUACUCAAACGUUUGCUCUUCUUGUCCGGGGCAGAUAACGCCCCUAGGUCGAAAGGAGAUCAAGGCAAAGGAUCUUGUCCGUCAGCUGCAGUUAGAAGCUGAGGAGCAGAGGAAACAGAAGAAGCGUCAAAAUAUCUCUGGAUUGCACAGAUAUCUUCAGUUACUGGAUGGCAAAGACAACUAUCCAUGUCUUGUGGAUGCCGAAGGCGUUGUUAUUUCUUUCCCGCCAAUAACCAAUAGUGAAAAAACAAAGAUUAAGAAAAGCACACGUGAUCUGUUUCUAGAAGUGACAAGUGAUGCCAGUUUACAGAUAUGCAAAGAUGUCAUGGAUGCACUGAUUCUGAAAAUAGCAGAACUAAACAGAUUCACCUUGGAAAACAGGGAAGACGACUCCGGCUCAGAUAAUGAAUCUGAUGCUCUUUGUGGGCCUGUGAAUUUGAAUCCUGGGCAAAAUGUGCAGCAGACGAGUUCUCCGUUGGUGGUAGAGCAGGUUCGAGUGGUGGACACAGAUGGGAACUUGAAAGUACUUUAUCCUUCAAAAACUGACCUAGCCACAGUUUCUUCUCUUCUGACUGUAAUGCGCUAGCAGCUGUUAAUCUAAGAGCAGGAUUCGGUUUUCAUCUUUUUCAUGUUCAAGAAUGCAACUUGCACACAGUGAGAUUGU